AUGAUCAACCCGUUGCAAUGGACCACGGCGGCCCUGGCCUUCGCCGCCGCCUCGGUGCACGCCGCCGCCCUGCCCGCCUGCCAGCGCCAGGCCCGGCCCCUUCCCACCGUGCUUUACCGCGGCGGCGCCAACACCCCCGAGUCCGUCAAGGAGAACGGCGGCUUCAUCCCGCGCUUCCGUGACGACCCCAACGAAUCCAUCACCAACAACACCUUUGGCCUGCGCAGCCACCACCUCGGCCAGAACCGCACCCUCUACACCUCCACCACCCGCGACAUCGUCAUGGGCGCCACCUACGCCAUGCAGGAGGACGCCCACGGCUGGGUCUACAAGAUCCACCCGACGCCCAACAUGAUCGACCUCAACGACUCGGGCUUCAAGAUCACCUUCCCGCGCGAGGAGGAGUUUUCCGCGCUCGGCGGCAUCCGCUACGAUCAGAUCGAGGGCUGGGCCGAGAUCGACUACAAGAGUUUGGAGGCUGCGGGCAUGUCCAAGUAUGAUAUUGACCAGCUGAUCGAGAUCUACCCGAUCAAGGGCGAGAUGGCGGUGCUCAACUUUACUGCCAACCCGGACUUUGCCGCCAAAAAGUACGAGGGCUUGCUGCCGAGCCCGGGCCAGCCGCAGCUAUCCGGCGACGAGGCCAACCUGAAGAAGUACAAUGAGAAGACGCUGGAGGAGUACGCGAUCGAGUUCAUGAAGAAGAAUGGCGGCCCGGUGGGUUGGGAUGGCGAGUUCCCGCUGAGCUCGCUGAAGAAGGACGCGGCGCCGCAGCCGACGACGGCGCGGGAGCGCGAGGACAAGCUGUGCUUCAACUCGGACAAGGAGUUCGGGAUGACGACGGGGGAGUGCCGCGCGCAGGUGGCGCAGUGCGUGUUUGAGCAGAAGGGCAAGGAGGUCGAGUGGAGUGUCAUCACAGACUGCAUGAAGGUCAAGUGGCUGCUCGUCUGA